CCGAGAUAGUGAGGAGCCAGACAGAAAGCACAGACUAUGGCGCUGAAACGGAUUAAUAAGGAACUUAGUGAUUUGGCCCGUGACCCUCCAGCACAAUGUUCUGCAGGUCCAGUUGGGGAUGAUAUGUUUCAUUGGCAACCCACAAUUAUGGGACCUAAUGACAGCCCAUAUCAAGGCGGUGUAUUCUUUUUGACAAUUCAUUUUCCUGCAGACUACCCCUUCAAACCACCUAAGGUUGCAUUUACAACAAGAAUUUAUCAUCCAAAUAUUAACAGUAAUGGCAGCAUUUGUCUCAAUAUUCUAAGAUCACAGUGGUCUCCUGCUUUAACUAUUUCUAAAGUUCUUUUAUCCAUUUGUUCACUGCUAUGUGAUCCAAACCCAGAUGACCCCCUAGUGCCAGAGAUUGCACGGAUCUAUGAGACAGACAGAGAUAAGUACAACAGAAUAUCUCGGGAAUGGACUCAGAAGUAUGCCAUGUGAUGCUACCUUAAAGUCAGAAUAACCUGCAUUAUAGCUGGAAUAAACUUUAAAUUACUGUUUCUUUUUUGAUUUUCUUAUCCGGCUGCUCCCCUAUCAGACCUCAUCUUUUUUAAUUUUAUUUUUUGUUUACCUCCCUCCAUUCAUUCACAUGCUCAUCUGAGAAGACUUAAGUUCUUCCAGCUUUGGACAAUAACUGCUUUUAGAAACUGUAAAGUAGUUACAAGAGAACAGUUGCCCAAGAUU